CGGAGACGAGAGGAAAGAAAAGGGCAAGGAAGGGACCUGUAAUAAAUUCAGCCUCGCACUCUUGGCGCCAAUCCGAGUUAAAGAGGAAAAAACAGCAGAAAAUUAAUUGACGUUUUCAUCAAAUUUUCGUCGAACCGCCGCUUCUCUCACAGCCAUCGGUCGGUGCUGUAGCCAGCUAGCCUCGCUAGCACACUAUCUAUCAUUGUCAUAUUAAUCUGGCCCCGUUCUCUCUGUCUGUAGUCACGAUACUAAUAACUCAGCAACAGUAAAGCGCAGGGACAAUAGAGGUGUGUUUCUCGAGGGGGAUCGAUAAGACACGGCUGCAACAUGGGGAGGAAGUCCAACAGAGCAAAGGAGAAGAAAGCCCGGCGUCUGGAGGAGAGGGCGGCUAUGGAUGCCGUCUGCGCCAAGGUGGACGCAGCCAAUAAGCUUGACGACCCACUGGCUGCCUUCCCAGCCUUCAAAAAGUACGACAGAAAUGGGCUGAACCUGCAGAUAGAGUGUAAGAGAGUGACCUCCCUCAACCCGCUGUCUGUGGAGUGGGCCUUCGAACUCACCAGAGCCAACAUGCAGACCCUGUAUGAGCAGAGCGAGUGGGGCUGGAAGGAGAGGGAAAAGAGGGAGGAGAUGAACGACGAGAGGGCAUGGUACCUGCUGGCCCGCGACGGCGACUCCGCCCCCGUGGCCUUCUCUCACUUCCGAUUCGACGUGGAGUGUGGGGAGGAGGUUUUAUAUUGCUAUGAGGUGCAGUUAGAGAGCAGAGUGCGGAGGAAAGGACUCGGCAAGUUCCUCAUCCAGAUACUACAGCUCAUUGCUAACAGUACACAGAUGAAGAAAGUGAUGUUGACAGUUUUCAAACACAACCACGGGGCUUACCAGUUCUUCAGAGAAGCUUUACAGUUUGAGAUCGAUGAGACUUCGCCAAGCAUGUCCGGUUGCUGCGGCGACGACUGCUCUUACGAGAUCCUCAGCCGGCGAACCAAACACGGCGAGGCCUCGGCGGGACACACCCACGGGGGCGGCCACUGCGGGGGCUGCUGCCACUGAUCCGCUUCAGUUACACCUUUUAUGAUUGGUUAUAAAAGCCAACAACUUUCAUGGCUGUGUGUGAAAGCUUGAGCUGCCUGCUACUCUGCGAGCAUUUUGAGUUUGAACGGCUGUAGAUGAACCGGUGGUGGAAUACCUGGCUACAGAUAUUGAUGUCGCAAUAUGGAGUGAGAUUUAUGUGUUGUUUUUUUUUUUUUUGUGUGCGUGUGUGUUCCUGCUGCAAAAGCAGUAUGCAGUGUGAGCUUUCACACAUAGCUCCUUUUAUUUUUUCUUCUUUCCUACUUCUCGGUUCAACGUCCAAGCCAUCUUUCCUCAUUCUCUUAUCCCUGUUAAUGAUGACAGUUAGUACUUCUCAGUCACGAACAAACUAAAGCAUUGCUGACACUCCACGCCGCCACUGCAAUGAACCUCAUCCCAUCCUGCUCUCAUCUCCUAACGUGCUGUACUGCAUCGAAUCACCGUGCGGCGCUUGUCAGACUUUGGCUCUGGGCCUCAGAGUGUUUGCUGGCCUGAAGCUGUACUAUCAACUCUUCAGGACCUCGCGCUGAGACCGCCAGCUUGUCUCACUGAACGCGGGUCCUUGGAUUAGCUGAACAUUUACUCACAUUCGGGUCCCAGAACAGGCCGAGAAGCGCCGCCGUACUGUAAUAUCACCUGUUGUGUUGCAAGUUAUGUGCAUGUGUGGCUUUGUUUUGAACCACCUCGGCCCAUUAUGCUACUGUUAGAAGAUUACAGCACACUAUUAGCGCCACCCAUCUUCUGUAUUCACAUCACACCUAAAUACAUAGAGGUCUCCCCUGCUUUUCAUUUUUCUAGCUCAUGAGACAAGGUUGCCUUUUUCUUGAUAAUGCUUCUUUUUUUUUUUUGUCCCAGUGAAAUGAGUGAAUUUUUUUAAAUUGGGAACGCGACCCAGAAUAUUCCCAGUAUGACCCCUUUGCUCAUUCAGAUGUUCAACUUUACUUUAGCCAUAUUUCCUUUAUCAGAGGUACACGUCGCCAGCUGAAUCUGUUUUCUGCUUCACUGAAGUAAAAGAGGGUCUUUUAGCUCAUGAAAUCAUUCACGCUCAUUUUCACGCUUUCUACCCACCAUCUUUUUCUUGUUUCCAUGCUCACUGAUAGAAACGGGAGGUUCACCUCCCCACAAUGUGUGUUCCCAGACUCCUGAUCAGUAAAGUCGCAUCCUCCUUUCCUUCCUCCUGUGCUUUAUGCCUCCAUUCUCCCUCCAUGUCGUUUGUGUAACUGUAUUACUCCUGCUGGCCUCUUUGUUUCCAAGAGGUGUUAAUGAUAAACAAGUUGAUGUUGCCGCUACCUUUAGCUGUAUUUAAAAAAAAACAAAACAAAACAACUAAAACCAUCCUUCAUCCCUUCUCUUACAUUCUCUGUUAGCAUGUGCAAAUCAUAUUGAUUUAACAUGGAUUAGGAUCGGUAGAAGUCACCUCUUCGUUAUGUGGCCGUUUGAAGCUGAUGAAUGUUAUUAACGCGGAGGAAGGAACAUAUACUGGAUGUACGGAUGAAGUAAUGGCAGAGCACUGAAGGUGUUUUAUUUUUUUUUUCUUACUCGUUGUCCUCGUCAACUGUUUUCCCAGCCCACCAUCAUUAGUUUGCAUGACAACAUUGUGAAAUGCUUAACAAAAGUCGUCGUGUAAAUCAGGAUUACACAGCAGCUUCUGAACUUUAGCAUCACUGUUUGAACACUGGUCUGAAAUCCUCACGUGGAUCUAAUAGCGUGAAUUUGAAUUUCAGUACUGCGCAGCCAAGAUGCUCCAUGUAGGAUUUUUGACACCACGUUACUUGUCAACCUAGAAAGGCUGCUGUAACCAUUUCAAUUUUAUGAUUCCACAUCUGUUUUGUACAAAACCUUCAGGGUAUUUUUGGACCGUUCGUGUCAGCUGGUUUAGAAGCCCUGUCUAGAAACCACCAUAAAACCCUUUAAUUCCAGGACUGCAGUCAGUUUGUACAGAUUUUACACAUGGGCUGGAGGAGUAAAAAGACAUUACACUAUUGUGGACGUAGAGAUUCCUCUGUCUAGUCGGUCUGUGAGGGGCUUCAAUUGGUACGUUUUGAACUGUUUUUUUAAAGCACGUCAUAUCAAGGCUCAACUUGACAUUUCAUGCAGAUUAAUACCUGGUCAAAAUAUGUGAAACGGGAGACUGAAAUGUGAACACACGUUCUUAGAAACACCUGAAUACUAAAAUGAUCUGUGUUGAACAAGAACAAAAUGUUAUUUAUCACCAAAAAAAAGAAAAAGAAAAAAAAAACCCUUUUGGAUGACAAAGUCCAGAUCCUGGGGUGAAAGUUUCUGGCUGUUUCCAGACUGAGUAGAGAAAAAACAAAACAAAAAAACAGCAUUGGAGACAACAUAUUGGUGUCUCACACUACUUUUA